AUGACUCGUUCAUUGAAAUUAUGGAUCAGUGUAUUAUUGAUUCUCUCCAUUCAGCUGUUGGUGGAGGCGGGCAAAGAUUAUUACAAAGUCCUGGAUGUGCCGAAAAAUGCCCCCCUGAGUCAGAUUAAGAAACACUUUAAAAAGCUGUCGAGGGUCUAUCAUCCAGACAAAAAUCCCAACGAUGCAACUGCCUCUGAAAAGUUUAUGGAAAUAGCAGAAGCAUACGAGGUGCUCAGCAAUGAGGAAAAGAGAAACACAUACGAUCGCUUUGGAGAGGAGGGAUUAAAGCAGCAGCAGCAACAACAGCAGAAUGCAGGCAGCAACCCAUUUGGCAACAUAUUUUCUCAGUUCUUUGGAGGUCAACCACAAGGAAAACCAAAGACAGCCAACAUUGAGAUUCCAUUACAGGUUACAUUAGAAGACAUCUACAAUGGAGCAAAUAUAGAGAUCGACAUUUCAAAGCAAGUGAUCUGCAGUCAUUGCUUUGGAAGUGGUGCCCACAGCUCUGACUCGAUUCACACAUGUGGCACUUGCCAAGGUCAAGGCAAUGUGUUGAAGCAAGUUCAAAUUGCACCAGGCUUUGUUCAACAAUUCCAGCAGCAAUGCGACAAGUGCCAGGGCAAAGGAAAGAUCAUUACAAAGUACUGCAAAGCAUGCGAUGGACACAAGGUUAAGAGAGGAAAUGAGCAAUACACUGUCACUGUAGAAAGAGGCAUGUCAAGUGGUCAAAAAAUUGUAUUUGAAGAGGAAUCAAAUGAAUCGCCUGAUUUCGACACUGGCGAUGUCGUAUUUACUGUCAACACAGCGGCCCAUCCAACAGUUGAAAGACGUGGAAAUGAUUUGUAUACUCAAAUCAAACUGUCAUUGAUUGAAGCAUUGACUGGAUUUAGUAAGUCGAUCAAGCAUCUAGACCAAACACUGGUAAAGGUGUCACGCAGUGGGGUGACUCAAUAUGGCUUUGUGGAAAAGAUCGAUGGCGCUGGUAUGCCAUUGAUUGAUAAUCACGAUCAAUUUGGAGAUAUGUUUGUAGAGUAUCUCGUCGAGUUUCCAGAGACAGUAGAUCAACAAUUUAUGAAAGACUUGCGAGAGCACAUUGAGGCUGAUUCAUUUUCACCUGAUGCUUCAUCAGAAAGUAAAACUUUGCAUGAUGAAUUUUAA